AUGUUUUUUGGACCUGUUGAGGCCGCUCGUUUGGAGAGAAUCUCUGCCAAGCUCCUCGAGCUUGCCGCUCAGCCCAAGCCCAUCAAGGAGGUUGAGAUGGAGACGGUGAACGAGAAUGAGGUCAAGGAGGCCACCAAGGAUGACUCUGCUAUGGAGGUUGAUUCCGCCAAGCCCGUCAAGGUUGGCAGCAAGAAGAUUGAGAAGAAGAGGAAGGUCAAGAAGUCCAAGAUCGUCUUCCCCAAGUACGGCGAGAAGUUCAGCAAGAAAGCUAGGAAAUGA